GGAAUCGCGGCAUGUAACAUCGGGGGCGUCACGAUUCAUUCAUUUGCAGGCAUUGGUAUCGGAGAAGCCUCUGCGGAAGAGCUCACGAACAGAGUGCGUAAGAACAAGAAAGCUGCGUCGAGAUGGUUACGGACGAAGGUCCUCAUUAUCGAUGAA